AUGACGCACGCGGCUUCCAUCAUCUGGGCAGAGAUUGGCACCGAAUUCAGCGUCAUUGCACCUGACCGGAAUCUCUCCAUUCCAUGCGAGGCCCGCUUCAACGAUAUCGGUGUCCAGCAGCUGAGCAACAGCCUUUACAAGCAGCUGUUCCCUGAUGAAAACCCCGCCCCGCCUACCCCCGAGCUUAUCGAGCUUGCGCGCGACCACCUCCGCCGCCACGAUCUUCUCGACAAAAACACAGAUAAAACCCCCCCGGUCGCCUUCAAGCUACCUCCCCUCCACGGCAAGACUCUCGAUGAGCAUUUCCACAAGCUAGGUGUCGACGCUGCGGAACCAUUCUUGGGACACGCGAAGCAGCUGGCUAGGUCGACGCUGCCGCCGAAGCCGAGAUCAUGGGUACGUCGUAGCGGAUGGACCAAGUACUACCCGGACGGCCGCAGCGAACAGGUCGAUGCGCCAGAAGGGAACAUGCUCGUCUUCGACACCGAGGUUAUGUGGAAGGAUAAUCCAUAUGCGGUCAUGGCCUGCGCAGGCACACCCGAGGCGUGGUACGCAUGGCUGUCGCCGUGGUUGCUCGGAGAGACCGAAAACAAACACCAGCUGGUGCCGCUGGGGGAUCCGACGAAGGAGAGGGUGAUCGUGGGGCAUAAUGUCGGAUUCGACCGAGCGAGGAUACUGGAGGAAUACGACCUGCAACAGACGCGGAAUUCAUUUCUCGACACCAUGUCCUUGCACGUCGCCGUCAACGGCAUGUGCUCGCAACAGCGGCCCACUUGGAUGAAACAUAAGAAAAACCGGGAGCUACGAGAUAAGAUCGGUAAGGAGGCUAGCAGCGUCGAACUGGUCGAGCUUCUCAACAACGGAGCCUUUACGUCUGAGGAGGAUGAGCUGUGGAUUGAGCGGAGCUCCAUCAACUCACUACGCGACGUCGCAAAGUUCCAUCUCGAUGUGUCGAUCGACAAGGAGCUCCGGAAUGCGUUUGGCGAGCUCGACCGGGACGGGGUGGUGGAACAGCUGGAAGAGCUCCUGACUUACUGCGCGGCAGAUGUCGCCAUCACACAUCGCGUCUACCAGGUUGUCUUUCCCAAUUUCCUCCACGUAUGCCCGCACCCCGUCAGCUUUGCCGCCCUUCGCCACCUCUCGUCCGUGAUUUUGCCCGUCAACAAGACGUGGGACUCCUACAUUGCGAAUGCGGAAGCGACCUAUCACAAACUCUCCGACGCUGUGCGAGAACGCCUGAUUCUCUUGGCGGAGAAGGCUACAGAAAUCAGGGCAGAGCCAGACAAGUGGAACAACGAUCCCUGGUUGAAACAGCUGGACUGGUCGGGACAGGAGAUCAAGAUGGUCAAGGGAAAAAAAAAGGGCGACCCGCCUCGGCCGGCCGCGAGGCAGAAGAAGCCGGGCAUGCCCAAGUGGUACAAGGACUUGUUUGCUAAAAGUGACGCGCCGAUAAGUAUCAGUGUCCGCACCAGGAUAGCGCCGCUGCUCCUUAGGUUAUCGUGGGAUGGGCAUCCGCUAUUCUGGUCGGACAAGCACGCUUGGACGUUUAGGGUACCCCGAGACGAGGCUAAGCAGUACACGGACCGACAGAUGGUCCCCUGCGACUUUGCCGAGGAGUCUAUCGUGGCCUUGAAGGAAGACAAUGACCACGUCUACUUCAAGCUGCCGCACAAGGAUGGCCCUACGGCCCGGUGUGGCGCCCCAAUGGCCAAGUCGUACCUCUCCUACUUUGAGAAGGGAACGUUGACGUCGGAGUAUCCGUACGCAAAGGAGGCGCUCGAAAUGAACGCCUCUUGCUCGUACUGGAUCAGUGCGCGGGAGAGGAUCAAGUCCCAAUUGGUGGUGUAUGAGGACACCCUACCGUCCGCCGCGGACAAGUCGGCCCAACCCAACGGGGAAUCAAAGGGUGACGAACCAGUCGGCGGCUUCAUCCUGCCCCAGAUCAUCCCCAUGGGCACCAUCACGCGCCGCGCUGUCGAAAACACGUGGCUGACAGCAUCCAACGCCAAGAAGAACCGUGUUGGUUCGGAGCUCAAGGCCAUGGUUCGGGCUCCGCCUGGCCAUGUCUUUGUCGGCGCUGAUGUGGACUCGGAGGAACUCUGGAUCGCCUCUGUGGUGGGCGAUUCCACCUUCAGACUCCACGGCGGCAACGCCAUCGGCUUCAUGACGCUCGAAGGCACCAAAGCUGCCGGGACCGAUCUCCACAGCCGGACCGCGUCCAUUCUGGGCAUCACCCGAAACGACGCCAAGGUGUUCAACUACGGACGCAUCUACGGCGCCGGCCUGAAGUUCGCCGGCCAGCUACUCCGCCAGUUCAACCCCAACCUCAGCGAGAAAGAGACACUAGAGAUUGCCACCAAGCUCUACGCCGCCACCAAGGGCACCAAGACCAACCGCAAGACCCUCUACAAGCGCAACUUCUGGCGCGGCGGCACCGAGUCGUUCGUCUUCAACAAGCUCGAGGAGUUCGCCGAGCAAGAACGCCCGCGCACCCCCGUCCUCGGCGCGGGCAUUACCGAGGCGCUUAAUAGCCGCUUCAUCCGCAAGGGGGGCUACCUCACGUCGCGCAUCAACUGGGCCAUCCAAUCCAGCGGCGUCGACUACCUGCACCUCCUGGUUGUCGCCAUGGACUACCUCAUACGGCGCUUCAACCUAGCCGCACGCCUCGCCAUCACCGUCCACGACGAGAUCCGCUAUCUCGUACAGGAUCACGACAAGUACCGCGCCGCCAUGGCGCUGCAGGUCGCCAACCUCUGGACGCGCACCAUGUUCGCCCAACAGGUCGGCAUCCACGACCUCCCCCAGAGCUGCGCCUUCUUCUCGGCCGUCGACAUCGACACGGUGCUGCGCAAGGAGGUCGACAUGGACUGCGUGACCCCAUCCAACCCAACCCCGAUCCCGCACGGCGAGAGCAUCGACAUCACGAGCCUGCUCGCCAAGGGCGACGCCGCGCACCUCGACGAAUCCAUCGUCCCGGACCCGGCCCGCGCCCCGCAGCUCGCCGCCAUCCCCUACACCCCGCGCGUGCCCGUCAUGGAGGAGCUCCGCGCCGCCGGCGCCGCCAACCCGGCCGCCGAGUCCCGCUUCAUCCGCGCCCAGAUCUGCAACACCGACCCCGAGCUCUUCGCCAUCCUCCGCGAGACCCGCCCCCCGCCCGUCGUCAAGAAGAAGCCCAUCCUCCCCUACCACGCCUCGCCCCGCCUCCUGCCCGUGCACGCCGGCCAGCAGGUGUCGGUUACCGAGGCGCUGGGUGCCACGCCGGGCCGCUUCCGGCCUGCUGCGCCGGGGUCCGCCGCGGCGGCGGCGGCGGCUGGGAAAUGGGGCGGGAAGUGGGAUUGGAAGACGGGGAAUGGUGCGUAUGGGGGUAGUAACGGAGGAGGGGGUCGUGGGAAUUUGGGGAGUCGCGUGUGA